GAAAGCUCGCGCGAUCGCGCUCCGUCUUCGUUGAAUCUAUUCGCAGGGAAAAAAUCGCGGGGAGUCGCGCGCGAGCAGGACGGAGCGUAGAAGCCAGCCCGGCGAGCGAUGGCCAACGGGGGAUCAAUUGUUUAAAUGACGCAGCCAGUGCCGAGGCCGCGAUCAGCCCCGUCGGUUCGACGGCUCGCGAAACGUUCCACGGUGCUGUGAAAAUCGUGAAACCCGCGAGUGCGGCGACUCGAAUGAAAACGCGCAGCGGUCGAGGACGAUGGCUGUGAUCCGUCUGAGGGAAGUACGAUUCUCGGCGUUGCUGCGCUGGGGUGUGUCGUAGGGCAGAACGAACGGAGGAGGAUUGAUCGGAGGGGGCUGAUUCUUCGUGGCUGUCGACAGGAGGCUCGGCCAGUGCGAUGUUGGAGCUGCUCGUGAUAGUUCUGGCGUCGACGAGCGUGGUCGAGGGUUCGUUACCACCCGAGGAAGAGGACAAUGUGUUGCACAUCGGCGGCAUUUUCCCGAUAGCGGGGGAGGGUGGCUGGCAGGGAGGUCAGGCAUGCAUGCCAGCGGUGAACCUGGCCUUGGACGAUGUCAACCGCGAGAAGAACCUGUUACCGGGCUUCACGCUGAAGCUGCACUCGAACGACAGCGAGUGCGAGCCAGGACUCGGCGCCUCGGUGAUGUACAACUUGUUGUACUACAGCCCGCGGAAGCUGAUGCUGCUGGCGGGGUGCAGCACGGUCUGUACGACCGUCGCCGAGGCGGCCAAGAUGUGGAACUUGGUCGUGCUCUGCUACGGCGCCUCGUCCCCGGCGUUGUCCGAUCGUAACAGGUUCCCGACGCUGUUCAGAACCCACCCGUCCGCCACGGUGCACAAUCCGACGCGGAUCAAACUGUUGCAGAAGUUCGGCUGGUCUCGGGUGGCGAUCCUGCAGCAGGCCGAAGAAGUGUUCAUAUCCACCGUAGAAGACUUAGAGUCCCGUUGCAAGGAGGCGGGGAUAGAAAUAGUGACGCGCCAAAGCUUUCUGUCCGAUCCUUCGGACGCGGUGCGGAAUCUGCGACGCCAGGACGCCAGGAUCAUCGUGGGCCUUUUCUACGUGGUGGCGGCGAGGCGGGUACUCUGCGAGCUCUACCAUCAGAACCUGUACGGAAAGAGCUACGUGUGGUUCUUCAUCGGUUGGUACGAGGACAACUGGUUCGAGGUGAACCUGGACAAGGAGGGGAUCACCUGCACCAAGGAGCAGAUGAGGCUGGCGGCCGAGGGACACCUGACCACGGAGGCGCUCAUGUGGAACCAGAACAACGACACGACAAUCAGCGGGAUGACGUCCGAGGACUUCAGGCUGCGGCUGAACAAGAUGCUGAAGGAGGACGGAUACGACAUCGACAACAACCGGUACCCCGAAGGAUACCAGGAGGCACCGCUCGCCUACGACGCGGUUUGGUCGGUCGCGUUAGCGUUCAACAAAUCGAUGGAGAAGCUGGCCAAGCAGGGGAAGAGCCUGAAGAACUUCGUGUACACGGACAGGGAGAUCGCCGACGAGAUCUACUCGGCCAUCAACUCGACGCAGUUCCUCGGCGUAUCUGGAUACGUUGCGUUUAGCUCCCAAGGCGACAGAAUCGCAUUGACCCAAAUUGAGCAGGUGAUCGAUGGGAAGUACGUCAAGUUAGGGUACUACGAUACGCAGAGCGACAAUCUGACUUGGAGAAACAUGGAACGGUGGAUCGGCGGCAAGGUGCCGCAGGACAGGACGAUCGUGAGGACGGUGCUUAGAACGGUGUCCUUGCCGUUGUUCAUAUGUAUGUGCACCAUAUCCUCGAUAGGGAUCGUUCUAGCCGUCGGUCUAAUUAUAUUUAACAUUUGGAACAGGCACAGGAGCGUCAUCAUGUCCUCCCAUCCCGUCUGCAACACGAUCAUGCUGGUGGGGGUGAUCGCGUGUUUCGUGUCGGUGUUUCUAUUAGGCAUCGACGGCCGAUUCGUCACCGAAUGGGAGUACCCGGCGGUUUGCCAGGCCCGUGCCUGGAUGCUGUCCACGGGGUUCACCCUGGCGUUCGGCGCCAUGUUCAGCAAAGUGUGGCGGGUGCACAGGCUGACGACGAAGACGAAAGCGGACCAGGCGAAGUCUCUCACGCAGUCUGCACCGCUCCUGCAUGGCCCGCAGCUCCCGCUCGUACGGCCCCUGACUUUAAACAAGAAAAUACAACCGUGGAAGCUGUACACGAUGGUAAGUGGGCUGCUCGCGAUGGACAUUGUGCUGCUGAUCUCCUGGCAGGUGCUCGAUCCUCUCCAAAGAAAGAUGGAGACGUUCCCGUUGGAGUCGUCGCCGUUCGGUGACGACGACGCCAGGAUCAGGCCGGAGCUGGAGCACUGCGAGAGCGACCACAACAACGUUUGGCUAGGUUUGGUUUACAGCUACAAGGGCAUCAUCCUCGUGUUCGGCCUGUUCCUCGCCUACGAGACGCGCAGCAUCAAGGUCAAGCAGAUCAACGACUCCAGAUACGUCGGCAUGUCGAUCUACAACGUGGUCGUGCUCUGCGUGAUCACCGUGCCGGUCACCAUGGUCAUCGCCAGCCAGCAGGACGCCAGCUUCGCGUUCGUCGCGCUCGCCAUAGUCUUCUGCUGCGUCCUCAGCAUGGCGUUGAUCUUCGUGCCGAAGAUGAUCGAGGUGAUCAGCCACCCGAAGGACAAGGCCGAGUCCAAGUACAACGAGAACGUCGGCAUGUCCAAGGAGGACGAGGAGAAGUACCAGAAGCUGCUCAAGGAGAACGAUGAACUUCAGAAGCUUAUAGCAGCGAAAGAAGAGAAGAUCAAAGUCCUGAAGCAGAUGCUGGCGGAGAGGGACGCGCUGAAAGGCGGCAUCGGAAACGUCCCGAAGGACUCGCUGAUCGUCGCCGACUUCGUGACCGGCGAGGGGACCUCGGACAGCGCGAUCGAAACGGACCAGGUCGGCUGAAAAUCGAAGAGUCCCCGUCGAUCAGGACGACGAAAGCGAUACACACGUGCGAACGAGCUGAAAGCUCCCCCGUUCCGUUUCUCUCUGGGUGUCUUUCUCGUCUCUCUUCUAAAGCUAGCGUACACGGACACGCGGGCCCCGAUGGAAAUAUUUGGACCGUUCUGUUGUCGUAACCGAGAGCAGUGCCCGGGGGCUGUGAGCCGGGAAAUCCGAUUUCCCCGAGGGAAAGCUCGAGCCGCUGGACGAGACGGUUGCCAUCCGAAAAUACUCGCCUUUCCUCGCCGAGAGAAAGAGAAUGAUUUCUCGUGGCCGGCGAGCCUCGGUGCGGAGGCCGGAAGUUUUCAGCCGAGAAACGGAGACUCGUUCUCGAUCCUCGCGAGCUUUCGUUGUCGGGAGAGGAGGGCGACAACGUGAUUUGACUGCAAUUCAAAUUUUAUCCGUAUAUACACAAAAGACGAUUCGCGUGCGUGUAUUGCGUAGACUGGUUAAGCCACCGGCGCACCAUGGAUUUUUGGAUAACGGUGCGGCUUCAAUUCCGCCACUCUACGUACAUACGUUCCGUGGUUUAGAGAGACUCUAACGGAUGUUUUCUGUUCACACUGUUUCUAAUCGAUCCACGGUAUUUUUUACUGUACCUAUUCGAUCGACUGUCGCGCGGGCAGCGCUUGACUUUAAAAAAGUACGAUUAUUAUUAUCAUUAUUAUUAUUAUUAUCAUUAUUAUUAUUAUUAUCAUUAUUAUUAUUAUUAUCAUU